AUUUUUUAUUAUGAUUAUUUUUAAGUAAUUAUUUCUGAUGACUAGGGAGCAGUUGGAUGUCAGUGCCCUAAGAGAUAUCACCGACAAACUCUCAUUUGACGAAAUCGACUCCAUAAUUGAGAAUUUAUCAACAGGAAAUUUAGCGAGUUUCUUAAACAAUGAAAAACUUAAUGAAGCCCUGGAAAGAGACGCAUAUAUCAUCAACAACGUGUUUACACAGACGGGAAUCACGAAGUCCUGUGAACACGGCGUUAAAAUAUCAUCAAUAAUCAAACACAAGGCAGCUAAACUCAAUGAAGCCACUUCCUUAGAGCUUUUGGAUACUAUUUUAGGCAUAUAUUUAGAUAAUUUCACAACUUCAUCAAAUGAACAGCCUAUUACCAUUUCUUCGCAGGAUUACUCAUCCAAUAAUCCACUUGACUUCGUUCUCCUGUCCAAACAUUUUCCAUCUGGAGUCUUGUCCUUCUCUUCACUAUCCUGGGAUAACCUUCCCCUCUCAGAUCUAAUUGUAAAUGAGAGCUUAUCGCAGCAGAGGCAGAAACGCUCAGUGACAUCUAGCGUUUUUCAGUAUAAGGAACUUCACACUCUUAGAGAUUAUGACCAUAGACUAGAAACUAAAGAGCGUGUUGAGAAGAUCAAGUCGCUUCUAAACUCGCAAACUUCAACCCGAGCUGUUAGAUUUUGGGAGUUUGUUCUAGAUCGUGACCCCGAGAAUGGCUUCAACAGCACUUGCUUCAACCUAUAUUCCCUAACUUUUCUUGCUACAAACGGCGAAGUUGAGAUUUUCAAGGGUUCUGAUGGCGAGAUAAUGAUCAAGGCUAGAGACAGAGGGAGUGGAAACAGAGUAAACUUUCAAUCCAUUGUUACUGGCUGGUGUUAUGACCAAUGGUCCAAGCUUUUAGAAAAAUACAAAUAAUUAACUGUGAUAGGAGAAAUUAACAUUUUAAUGUAUAAUAUUUUUAUCAGUAAA